AUGAGAGACUCUAUCUCCUCGCUCAAUGUUCGCUCUCUGCUGAAGUUCACUGCAAUAGGAGCGAUAGUGCUUGUCCUCCUGCAUUUUGCUAUUCUCGGCGCAUUUCCACCCAUCUAUGCUGGAAGCUGGACAACUGACAGGGAUCAAGAUACCUACGAUGCAGUGCUUCAUCACGCCCAUGUCAUGGUUCCUGGCAUCGACCCCGCGGCCGGAGUCCCAGGCGCAUUCUUUCGGGACUCGUAUCCGAUACGGUCCAUGCUAGCUUUUUGGGAGUUGGCUAAGCAAGAAGUCGCAGCUCGCAAUUUGGACACUUGCGGAGACCAGCUUGGGGAAGGUCUCAUCGAUGCCUAUCACCAGUCGAUCCUAGGCUACUGUCUUCCACGAGAUGCUCAGCAUCAUAUCACGCUUGCCAAUCAAACAGAUGCGAACACUAGGAUAUGGUGCGCCCCUGUUCACCGACAUCCAUUUUCAAAUUGGUGGCCUUACCCCGCUGCUCCGUGCUUGUCGACCCAUAUUCGCCCGAUCGCAGACAAGCAACGCGAAUUUCACGCUCAUGGUUGUGAAAUCACGGCGGACGGGGCUGCUCUCGAUAACGAGAUGGGGAGAGAAAUGUUUCUGGGAAGCAACCUCAGACCCGGUGAUGACUCGCCGUGUCGUACUGCACUGAAUCACACCGCGAUAGUGAUCGGUCGUCAGGACCAGUGGAAUCCGUUCCACGUCGCAGAGGAUCUCAUUACGACCCUUGUGACAGUUCUCAUUGCUGCCCGUGCAGCUCCAGAACUGAUCGGUACACGCGCUCAGCUAGUCUUCGUCGAGGGUUACAACAUGGAUUCUAACCGCUAUACCCCGCUUUGGGAUAGAGUGGGCGCUUGGGCGCCCCGGAGACUGGCUCUUGAUCCUUGGGAGGAGGGAGUCUGCCUGACCAAUGCAAUACAUAGUGUUGGCGCGGGUGCCUCUUUGCUAUCCGCCAUGGGAGUGGGAAGCAGCUACACCUGCGCCUCGACCAUAACAUGGGCGGCAUCACAUUAUUAUCGUCACCUUUUUGGUCUCUUACCGACCGAAAGCAAUCGAGUUCAGCCUAUCAAUGUUCUUUGGCUGAGUCGCGAGAAACUCGACACUUUUGCGAAGGAACACGGUCAAUGGUCAUCGUGGAGAGGCAUUCGGCACAUCGAAAAUGAGGACGAAUUGCUGCAGAGGAUUCGUCUAGGGAUGCGGGAGCUCUGCACCGAUGGGAAGUGCGUCUUCGAAGACGCAGAAGAGAUGCCCGAAACCUGGACACAACCAGCAAAAGAUAUUGUGCCGCUUCGUUUCGCCACCAUCGAUCCUAUGGUGCACGCACUCGAGACUCAGAUUCAAUUUGUCGGUCACACUAAUAUCCUUGUGUCAUCGCAUGGAGGGGCUCUGGGUUUGUCUCUCUUCCUGCCACCCGGCAAGGCAACUCUCGUCGAGCUGCAAGUCGGAGGAGUCGCGGGAAACCAUCAUUUCCAACAUAUGGCGUACGAGAUGGGUCAUCACUACGAGCUGGUUGGGAUACACCAGAAAAUUGACGUUGAUAACGUGUGGGAGGUUAUCAGACAGAGGAUCUCGGCUUCUUCAGAGUUGUAA